GACUCGAACAAUGCGUGGCUGUCACCGUGUGCAUUGCCAUAUCUCGCGAUCGCACCUGCGAUUGUAAUUUUGCUGAUUACCCUGUGCUACUCGUUGGGGCCUUUGCUGAGACGAUGGCGCCCCGAGUGGACGUGUCCCUUCAUCUCGGAAAAGGAUGAGUAUCAAGAGCUUCCGCCCGAGGGGGUAAAACAAUCGCUUCGGUGGACUCUUGCUCUUCUUGCUUUCUCGGUCAUUGGAUUCUCAGCCGAGGUGGUGCACUGUCUUCCCCCGAGAACUGAACUCUCGUCUAUCGUUCUACUUGCGUCAUGGGCUACAAUAGCAGUGCUAAUCGCGGUAGACCGACCGAGGUCGUGUUCGCUCUCAAUGCUGGUAUUCUACCUCUUGAUGUUCGUCGUCGAGAUCUCAAUGGCUUCAAGUCCCGGGGAAAGCCCAAACUUCAGGUCGAUCACCCGUUAUGUUGCCGCGGCGGCUAGCCUGGGAGCUUGCUUCACAAUCUUGCUGAUGCCAUUUCGAAAGGCUUCACUCCCGGUUUUUAGCAUCAGCUCAGUUGGUCAAGUGCCAUGCAGCGAUUUCCGAAGCCCAGAAGACAAUCUGCGAUUAUGGCAAUUCCUGACCGUGUCCUGGAUGGCACCUCUCAUAUCUCUUGGACGGCUAAGAAAAUUGAAUGAGGCAGACGUGUGGCUUCUGGGCUACGAAUUCCAGCACCAACGGUUACACGAGAAGUUUCGUCGUAUUCGAGGCGCUGUCUUAGGGCGCUUGUUGAAAGCCAAUGGCCUCGAUAUUCUCAUAAUUUCCGCUAUUGCUACGAUCCAGAUGUUUUGUGACUUCUCCACGCCAGUCCUGCUCCAGCAACUUUUGCAGGUGAUGCAAGAUCCGACCAGACCGAAACGAGUGCCAUUGACCUACGCACUAUUUUCAUUGAUACUUCGUAUAGUAGCAGCUCAGUCACAGGUGUUGAAUCUUUGGUACGGACGACGGUGUUACGAGAGGUCCCGAGGUGAGAUGGUGAUGAUGGUCUAUGAGAAGGCUCUCUCGCGGAAAAAUAUUCUCGGCAUAAGAAAGAUCGAGGGUGAAGCUUCUUUGACUGAAGAUGACAGCAUGCUUGACAAUGAAGCAAGAAGCGAGCUGGCAGAAGACUCGGUAAAAGCUGGGUUCUUGAGCCGUCUUCUCCCUCAGCACAGAAAGGUCAAGCAGGUCAAGCCCAAAGAAGCUGCCUCUUUGGGCAAGAUUUUCAACCUUCUUCGAGGAGAUGUAUAUGACGUGGCUCAGCGAUUUUGGGAGGUUGAUGUUCUGAUUGACAAGCCCUUGGGUCUCAUCAUUGCUGUCUGGCUGGUCUGGACCCUCUUCGGCCCUUCCUGCUUCCUCGGCAUUUUUGCUGUUUUGGUUGCUCAAGCUAUGAAUGCUAUCAUCACUCGAAUCCUUCUCCAAUGGGAAGAAAAGAGGCGAGCAGCGACCGAUUCUCGCUUGCAAAUCACAUCCCAGUUCGUGGAAGCGAUCCGUCAUCUUCGCUGGUAUGGUUGGCAAGACCAUUGGCUUCGGCAAGUCAUGGAAGCUCGACAGAGUGAAUUAAAUAUACGAAUCAUUACCAGCUUGUGGAGUAUUCUCAUCCGUUUCAUCAAUGCUUUUGCCAGUGGUGUGUUCCCGGUUAUCGCUCUUUAUGCCUAUACCUUGCUCGCUGGGCGUGAGCUGCGCAUCGAUAUAAUAUUCCCCGCACUUCAACUCUUUACUAUGCUUGAGACUCGGCUGCGAGACAUACCCGGCUUGAUAACAGCUUUUAUCAAUGCGUCUAUUGCUCUCGGACGUAUUGAAGACUUCAUGAGGGAGCCGGACAAGGACCAGCUUCCGCUCGACGACCCCACAGACGAAAAGCUGUUCGAAUUCAAGUCUUGCUCAUUUUCGUGGCCGGGGAAAACAGUACCCGUGCUCAUUGAUGUCAAUGUGAUCAUUCCGAAGGGUAUCACUGUUGUGAGUGGUAAGGUUGGUGCUGGAAAGACGGCCUUCCUCCAAGCUCUGCUCGGCGAACUCGAUCGACUCGGUGGUACCUCUCACAUUCCAAAUGAGAUGGUAGGUUAUUGCGCCCAGACACCCUGGCUUCAGAGUAUGAGUAUUCGUGAUAAUAUCCUGUUCUCUGCCCCAUAUGACGAGCAACGCUACAAACAAACUCUUGAUGUGUGCGCCCUGCUCCCAGAUCUAUCUCAAUUCAAACACGGUGAUUUGACGUUCGUGGGCGAGAAUGGCAUUGGUCUCUCGGGAGGUCAAAAGGCUCGCGUAGCUCUUGCACGAGCAGUAUACAGUGCCUCCCGUGUCCUUCUGUUGGAUGAUCCGUUAUCAGCUCUCGAUCACAAUACUGCCGAGCUCAUAGUUCGCAAGUGCUUGUGCGGUCCCUUGAUGGUGGGCCGCACAAUCGUUCUCGUCACGCAUCGGACUGCGCUGGUCCGUGCUAUUGCCUCCCAGAUUAUUGAGAUCGAUGAAGGGCAAUGUACAGUCCACGACAGACAUACUAUAAUGUCUUUGUCGAAGUACGGGAUGGAAUCUUCAAUGUUAUCCACUGAUUCUGAAACAGAGACGGAGGGUGAAAUUAGUCUCGGAGACGAGGCAGCAGCAGUGCCGGACAAGUUCAUUGACGAAGAACACCGGGCGGAAUGGGGCGUAAAAGCUCGAGUAUACUGGACAUACAUCAAAGCUGGCAAAUUUCGAUGCUGGCUUGUACUCGUCUUAGUUCUGAUUGUGUACCGCCUGGCAUUCGUCGGACAAUCCUGGUUCCUGAAAGGAUGGGGAGAGGCCUACAAUACAAGUUCAUCAUCCUCUGGUGGGCUGAUGGCUACAUCAGCCGCAGACGCAUACUUCGCUCCUUCGAAUCCUAUGAACCGACUCCCGGCUCCACGAGACAAUGUGCGACCAUGGCUAUGGACUUUCUUCGCUAUAAUCUCCUUCCAAGCAGCCGCGCUACUCCUCGCACAGUUCCUCAUGCUAGUCAUCGUCUACUUUGCUGGCAAGGCGCUGUUUAGACAGGUCAUGGUUCGCGUCAGCCAUGCAACCUUUCGAUUCUUCGACGUAACCCCUGUGGGUCGGCUCAUGAACCGCUUGACAUCAGACAUUGGCGUUGUGGAUGGAAACAUCAGCGAACAGUUUCAAAUUAUUGCAUUCCAAGCUAUCACCUGGAUCUCCUCUAUCCUGGUCAUUGCCACUGCGACCCCAGCAUUCUUGAUUCUUUCGUUGAUACUGACGGUUUUUUUCGUCCUCAUCUUCUUACAAUUUCUACCAACCUCGCAAAGCCUCAGGCGUCUCGAGAUGGUCUCCUUGACUCCACUCCUGUCAAACUUUGGAGAGCUCCUUCACGGUCUCACGACGGUGCGCGCCUUCCACGCCGAGAAGCGGUUCCAGAGCCGGGUUAUAUCCGUCGUUGACAAAUUCCAAGGGAUGGACCACUUCUACUGGUCAUUGCAGGCAUGGCUUUUGUACCGCUUUGAAAGCCUGUCUGCAUUCUCGACCUUCUGCCUUACUGCUCUAGCUCUAUACACAAAUAUAACACCUGGGCUAGUGGCAUUUGUGCUCAUCGCUGCAAAUAACUUUGUCGAGUCCACACAUGCUUUGUGCAAGCAAUAUGGACAAUUGCAGAUGGACUUUGUGUCGGUGGAACGAGUGGACGAGUUACUUCACAUCGAAGAAGAGUCUCCCGGCACGGUUGAACCUCCAGCUGCCUGGCCGAGCUAUGGCAGUGAUGUCACCUUCGAAGAUGUCACCAUUCGCUAUGCACCACACCUUGACCCUUCCUUGAAGGAUGUAUCUCUCCGCAUUCCAGGCGGCUCAACUACCGCAAUUAUUGGUCGCACGGGUAGCGGCAAGUCCACUUUGGCGGUAUCUCUUCUCAGCGUCAUCAGACCAGAGACGGGCCGGAUCACGAUCGACAACAUCGAUAUCGCCGAAGUCAGCACCCAGGCGCUGCGCACCCGGGUCACUUUUGUCGCACAAGAUCCGGUUCUCUUUCCCGGGAGCAUUCGGCUCAAUCUAGAUCCCACCGGAGACUUUUCAGACCAGCAGUGCGCCGAUGUACUCGCGCGCCUCUGUGGCCGUCAUGGCUGGCAUCUCGAAACGCAUAUUGAAGCCGGGGGCAAGAAUCUCAGUCAGGGUCAGCGGCAGCUCAUCGCGCUCACGCGGGCUGUCCUUCGGCGCAGUCCGGUUGUCAUUCUCGAUGAGGCCACUGCGUCGAUCGAUCAUGAGACAUCUCUUGACAUCCAGCAGCUCGUCCGUGAGGAGCUGCGGCUCUCAACGGUCAUCACGAUUGCGCAUCGUAUUGAAGCUGUCAAGGACGCAGAGUACUAUGUCGUUUUGGAUCAGGGGCGAGUAUCGCGACAGGGCCAUGUUCAAGACUUGUGA